AUUAUAACAAUGAACUUCAAUUGCUUUUUAUUUCUCACAUUACAGUUUUAUGCUGUGUAGCCCUUCUGUUUUGUAGGUGAAGUGAAAAUUCCCCCAGUAAUAUAAGCUACUCUAUUAUGUAGAAUUUGAAGUAGAACUUCCCCUUUAUCUAUUAUGGUAAACGGCAGCGUCUGGAAUUGGAUGAGGUAGCAUGAGAGAUAGCGUGGAUGGUGCAAGUCAUUCUGAGUUGAGUAGCGAAACAGGCAAAGCCAAAUUGUAGAAACGUCCCAAUUUAAGAAGUUCUAUAUGGUCGUUUAUUACGUAUAGUGUCAAGAACAAAUCACUAAUUAUCCAAUUUUCAUUACCUUACUAAAUAAUACAUAUCUGAUAUUAAACGUUGCCACUUCCUAAUAAGCUGAUCCUGGAAUAUUUUUAUUGCAGACGGUCAACGGGUUAUCAUUGAAUAAUGUUGUGGGCGCAAGCUAUGGCGCUACUUGCGGGGAUUUCCUUGCUGGGUGUUACAGAAGCACGACCAAAGACCGAAGAUCGUGGUUUUGCAAUAAACGACAGAUCAUUGGGAGGCAUUCAUGUUGAAGAAUCAACAGAGUAUGAAAAGAAAACGUCCCUGGCGGAUUCCAUCCUUCAGGUGACAGAUCAACUGAUAACGACACAACGGGAUGUUAUGAAUAGCUCAUUCGUGAAUGAAUCACAAAAACUGUAUAGUUCUCCUGAGGAAAAGGCCAAGGAAGAAAUUUUUGUAGGAGAGGAGGAGGGUCAUCAUGGAGUGGCUGUACCGCUCACAAUGAAGGAUCUUGAGAAGGAAAUGGCAGAAAUGGAUAUUCGACUCAAGGAGACAUCUACGCCGAGGGAGGGUAUAUCGACGUGGAUUCUUCUCAGUGAAACAGCUUCAACUGCGAGUCCUGAUCUCAAAGGACCCACGUAUGUUAUUGGAACGGAAGGAAAAGUUUUAAUGGAUACUGUUACUGUAACGCAUGAAAAAACUGACGUUUUAUCCAAGGAGGUCAACGUAGAUACACCAAAAGUAAUCAAUGGAAAGGUACCAGCAAAGAACAUACAGAGAAAAAAGCAACCAUCUAAAGAGAAUGAUAAGAAGAAACGAAUUUCUACUGUUGCCCCGCGUGAAGAUGUAACUGAGGCAAGUUCUAAAGAUGAACAAACAACGAGACAAACACCAUCACUGGAAUCAACAACGUUCCUUAUUUUAGAACCAAAGGACGCGGACUUUGAUUUGCCGCAGGAUCGCUCGCCAAGUCUGCACAAGAAAACCAAAGUAACUACAAAGGCUCCAAAAACGCAACAGAAAAAAAAGAAUAAUCGGAACAAGAAGAAGCCCCAAGAUGAGGGCAAUUCAAAACCUCCUAAACCUAUGCAGAAGGAUAAACCAAUUUCUACGAAAAUAUAUAAUUAUCUCUCACGGGAAGUGAUGCCCACUGUGGGAGUAAGCUUAGUAGGCUUAGUUGUGACGGCGGGUAUUGCAAGUUACUUAUUGGGUGGUCCAUUUGGAGCCCUCAGGCGAUCAUAUGACGUCGAUCGAAAGGAUGAUGUUUACUAUAACAACAAUGAGGAAUAUGCUGGACCUGAUGGGCAGUUUGAAGAAGAAUGGCUAAGCAAGGUCAUGGCUGGAUCACCCAGCUACAGAAACAGUAUUCGCUACCAUGGAUAUCAUCCUGUACAGGCUCCCAAUCAAAUCUAUCACACAUAUGCCACGUACAAGUAUCCCCAGUAUACUCGUUAUAGAACAGUAGGUCAACACACCAUACCUCAACCGCAAUACAACUCCCAUCCUGGCUAUCAGCAGCAUACUGCUAACUACCACACAUUUAAGACAUACAAGCCCGUGCAGCCUGUUGAAAUGCGAAACACGCAGAAAUCAAUAAGUGGAUCACUGUCUUACAUUCCAAAUGAAGUGCAGGGAAAGUUAAACACGGGAAUAGAUCAAGUCUCUACUGCUGGUGAAACGGUGUCUGAAAUGAAGGCGUCGCAGAGUAUUACAGUUGGUGGAAUUAAUGAUGAUUUGACGGAGAAGGACAAUGUUCUUCAGCAUCGUUCACAAUUUGUGGUGGGCUCUGUAAUUAAUGAUGAAUCACAAGAUACCAUGCCUGUACCAGAACAUGGUCCACGUCGUCGGCGAAGUGAACCUGAUGAAAGAAGUUCUCGCAGCAUUAGUGACAAUGAAAUUGAUGGUGACAUCAAUGAUGAUGUAAGAUUGAAGCAAACAACAAUACAGCCUGAAAGUUUUGAAUUUACCGACACCACAUUCCAAGGGGAUGUCACUUCAACAACUGAGAUUGGAGAAGCAUCAUCAACUGAGGACACAAGUUUCCUGAAUCUCAUCCGACGUCUCAUUGAUCUCAAGAUACGCUUUGGACUUAGCUUUCUGCAGAAUGCCACAUCUACAUUUCAGAGAUAUCUCCAUGGUGUACAGGAACGCAUAGACAAUCACCCAACAUACUAUUACUGAUAUAUAUUAGGUCAUCUUUUAUUUCUCCGUGAUACGAUACUCUAACUUAAUUCUUCUUUCUACUAUUUAUGAUGAACGACAUAUGUAUGUACACAUUUCAUAUUAUCUUAUAAGAUGUAUACAGUGGGCCCCAGAACAACGACCACUUGGAUGUACUCUUCACACAUUAUUUUCAAUGCGCGAGAGUAGUUCAACCAAGUGGUCGUUGUACUGAGGUCCCAUUGUAACAAUUAAUGAGCAUAAUAUUUGUAUCUCAGUGGAGUUCAAACGGAAGAAGGGAUUAAAUGUUUUAAUUUACUUGCGUAUUAAAUAUUCAAAGGAGAUUAACAUUAUACAACUCAACUUUUUUUUUAAUGUUGGAUUAAAUUUGGGUUCCCAUUGUUUAUAACAUACAUAUCGAAAGAUAUUCAUUAAAAUUAAACUACCUAUUGUUUUAUGACAUUAAACAUGUAAGUUUGAAGUGGUACGCCAAUAAGAAUUUAUAAAAGACAAAUAAAAAUUAUGUAUAACUUUAUAAACUUUUUCAAGAAGAUUUAAUGUAUAUUAUAGAGUUUCAACAACAUUUAGGAAUUAUUUAACAUUAUUAAUUCAUUUAGAGAAAAGCAUUAGUUUUGUUUUAAAUAUUGAUCAAUACAGUGGAGUCAAAAUUUAAAUAGUAAUCAAAAUAUGUAUAUUUAAGUGAAGUUUUAAAGAUUAGGAGUUCCAUUAAUCUUUAAAAAUAACUUACAUUUUAUAGGAUGUUAAUAUAAUACGCAAAUUUUCACCGUUCAUUUUAAAUGUUUGCAAAAAUCAAAAUUUUCAAUUUAAAGAACAUAAUAAUAAUAAUUUUCCUUUUCUUUUUAAUAGCUUUUGUGUAUUUUUUUAUAUUAUAUUGUGUGUAUGAAGAUUUACUAUGUAUAUCAGCUUUGGAAUAAUGUGAUUUUCUAAAGAUAAAAUUUAUAGAAAAAAGAUAAAAAUUAUUUGCAUAUCUAAUGUUGGAACCCUUAAAUGAAUUAAGAAUUCUAUUACCAAAUAGUUGAAAGAAUAUGAAUUGAUUGUUGAAUCUUGUAUCCUGGGAAAAUAUUUUUUUUAGAAGGAAAUGUUCAUUUGUGCUUAGAAGAGUCAAAAUUAGCAAAGAGAAAACUUUAUAAUUAUUUAAAAAACACCUUAUAUCAAUUUUUCUUACUCUGUAUAUAAAUUUUUUCUAUUAAAUUUGAAAUAUUCAUUACUAUUUAUAAUGACAACAUGUAGGUUCAGAUAAUAAGAGCACACUCCAGUUCUUUCAAAAGGACAAUAAAAGUUGAAAGAAAAAUAAUG